CAAUAUGGAGAUAAAACAUAUAUGUGCCGGCGAUAUGUUAGGAUUGUUCGCUGUUAUAUAUCAGGUGGUCAAAACGUCGUGUCUGCGUCGUGCUGAUAUUUUAUGGUAUGUGAUAAUAUUUGCGAGGAAUGUGAUAGGGACGCCCCCGCUGGAUUUCUCUACGUUUUAGAUUAAGAUCUCAAAAUGGAAUACUAUUAUCUUUGAUAUCAGCAUCAACAUUGAGCAUGCGACAACCUCUGUUCUCGGAUUUCAUCACAUUGUCACAUGAAAUGAACUGUUGCUGUUGCAGUUAGAAUGUAUCAAACACGUGUAAUUAGAGAUUAUAAUCUCAAUGGGGACGAGGUAGACCGACGUCACAUUCCAAGCAAUGGUCUGAAAGGUACACGUUGUAUUGCAUUGGAUCAAGUCAUUGGAGUUGACAUAAGGAUGUAGGAAGGAAUCCAUUGUGUAUACUCGUUCGCCGGAAUAAUCAUUAAUUAAAAGUAGUUGUAUUUGGUCCUCAAAAUCCGAUUUUCGUCGGCCGCAAACAGUUGGGAAUUAAAUGUCUUAAAUCGUGCGAGCAAGAGAACGAUUCUCCCCGAGGGCGCUUUGAGAACGGGCAAUUGGAUUUUGUUUAGAUAAAACACAAGCCAUGGAUAAAAUAGAGUGGAUCAGUGAAUAAAGGUAGAAAACGAGUGGGGAGGAGAAAGAACAGGUCGAGCCAAAGCUGGUCCGGUGAAUGAACGGUUCCUUGCGACUCUCUUUCAUUUCUUGGGAUGUUGCGCCAUCAAGCGCGUCACAUGCGCGCUCGUUUGACAGAACGUGCGAAUUGUGGAUAUGGACGGGACAUUUGACAAUGUUUUCUUUGUCAUUAUUUGCAUAUUAUAUUCACGAGUCAAUGAUAGGAAGUCGAUGAUAUCAUUAUUGUGCAGUCCACGAAGUGUCUUUACAUCUAAAGCUGGAGAAGUUUCGGCGGAACGGACGACUUGGAUGUAUUCACGCGUCGGAUUUGAGACUUGGAUUUGCCUGAAUCUUUGAAAUGUGAUUGUGAUUAUUGUGUUUGGGAAGAGCAAGGGUGGACAUGAUUGCAAUCCUUGAACAGAGCAUCAUGAACUUAGGAAUCUAUCGUCUGCUGGUGACAUUCUGUAUCAUACACAUCGUCAGAUCGACAAAGUUUACAAGACAUAAACGCACAAUCAUCGGGUAUUACCCAACAUGUCCAAAGGGCUGCGCGAGUUGCUCCCCAACCAAUGGUUGUGUGACAUGUAGCCCCAACAACUACAUGUACCUGUACAGGAAUGGCAUGAGACAGAGAGGGAUAUGCACCAGGACAUGUCCUCAUGGCUACUUUGGCGUCACGAGGAAGGGAUACAGCAAAUGCACAAGAUGUCGUAUUCCAAACUGCGAAACGUGUCUUGAUCGGGGCUACUGUACCUCCUGCACGCCCCCUUUCGUCAGCCAUCGGGGGCAGUGUAUUGAGGGGUGUCCCCCUGGGAUGUUCUAUAGCGAAUUGGCGCAGGAAUGUUUGUUUCAAGUUGAUUGUGAGGUGACGGCAUGGAGUGGCUGGACUGCCUGCACCAUGAAUGGCCAGACGUGCGGCUACAAGUACGGCAUAGAGACACGGUCUCGCUCGGUGACGCAGCUCCCGUCUAUGAACGGUAAACGCUGCCCAACACUCACAGAAAAUAGGCAAUGUAGAAUGCUAUUACGAAAGUGUGUUGAUAUCAUCACAAAUAAGUCGGACCCACUGGACGGCGAGACUCCUCGGGAUUGGAGAAGGAAACGAAUGAGAGAGAGACGGAGAAAGAAGAAGAAGAAAAUAAGGGACAGACGACGGAAACUCAGGAGACGGGAAAGAGAGAAAAAGAAAUCAAAAUACGCAGACAGAGACAUAGCAACCAAUCAGAUAGACGCAUUUCAUAUUCUCGUGAAAUCAGAAACUGACUGAGAUUACGCGUGACUUGGACUGGACCAAGCAAAUUAAUGUGCUGCAAGUGCUCGAUUUCAUUUUGCGACAUGAGUUGCUUGUCGAAAUGGUCUGUUCUCUGCGAGCCAAGAGGUAUAUGCAGCAAGGUGUUUUUUCGCAACCCAUCAGGUGAAGUCGCUGCUGGGUGCUGAAAACGCUGUCCUGAAGACCGUAAUACGAUAUACUGUACAUGCUGUAGCUACGGUCGCGCGGGUGCCUGUGCUAACACUCUUCUGUGAAAGUGGAAAACGACUUGAGGCGAUACCGAGGGAUGUUACUUUUCAGUGAUGAUCAGACGAUGGGUGGCUGAGGCAUUUAGACUAAGGACGAUAUCGACAACCCCCAUCGACAACAUUCUGGUAUUACCAGUGGUUUUCAAUCACUCCGCCUCUCGAUAUUUCAUAUUUUUUGAUAAUUACAAAGGAGUGAAAAAACCGUGAAACGAACUUGCAAAGCCCUCUGCAAGUUGAUUUCUUAUAGGUUUGUAACGCUAAGCUUUUAAGUAAAUCACUUGAUAAAUAAAGACGAACGUUACAUGUAUACUUCGUUCUGUGGCAUGUGAAACAAAUCGCUCGUUUGCGGUGGUCAGCACUGGUGCCUGCGACAAGAAUAGUGGUGGUCACAACGACCUGCGAUCGAUAUCAAACCCAGUGCUUACCCCUCUUACCGCAGACAAGAUCUUUUUUGUCUCACUGCAUAACAGCGAUUAUAAUCGCAGGUUGCCGCAAUUCAAAUCGCUCGUUUGCGGAGCGCUUUGACAUUGCCCACUUCGAUGUCGUAGGUGGCAGGAAACCGUAAAUUAUCCCGGUUUGUAAAUAAUUGGUAUAUUCAUAAAGGAAUUUUACUCCGUUUAACGUUUCUGAAAGUUUUACCUGGUGAACCUGAAGGCAAUAAUGUCGACUCCAACAUUGAAGAAUCUGUUGAUCAUGAUUAUAAGAUAAAAGCAAAGUUAUAGCCCAUUACACUCCGGACGCAGUGGACCGGUCGCUCGUCCCUUCCUUAGCCACCACAAAGAAAGUAGGCUGAGAUAUUGAUGGGGGACUGCCUUAGGUGUUAUAGCCCAUGAUUGACCUUCAGGGAAACUCUCAGUAUGUUUCUCCUCUAUUUAUUACGGGAUAUAUUAACAAAUAAAUAACUUUAUACAUAUACAUGUACAGCUACAAUCAUUAUUUCAACA